AUGUUCUCCGACAGCUCAGACGACGAGGGCGAGCGAAAUGUCCAACUCACAAUCAACGAACACUACGCCAAAGCGUUCAACUACCGAAAAGAGCGCGAGGAGUUGGAAAAAUUGAAAGAAAAGUAUGGGUCUGAUUUUGAAGAGGAGGACUUGGACGAGUCGACGGAUUCGGAGAGUGCAGAGUCGGAGGAUGAGGAUGGCGAGGAGUUGACGCCAGCGGUUGAUGCUGCUAUCUUGAGGACUUUGGCCAGGAUUAGGAAGAAGGAUCCCGCAAUUUAUGAUUCCAGUAAGAGUAUAUUUGGAGAGGAAGCGCAGAAUGUUGAGCAGCUAAACCAAACUAAAAAGCCCAAGGACAAGUCAAAACCUGUUACAGUCCGCCAAGUAGCUUUAGACGCCGUCCUCCAUGGCUCUCGAUCCCCCUCGCCCGAACCAAACCUCCCAACCCACGUCGAAGAGCAACGCGCACUCCGAGACGAAACCAUCGCCGCCUUCCAUUCCGCCGUCCCAGAAGACGACGAUGUCGAUGACCUCCUAAUCCCUCGUGAAAAAACCAAAGACGAGAUCGAAGCUGAGGAGGAAGAGUACAAGGCCUACCUCGCACGACAGGUCGGAGAGGAUUUACAGGAUUUGAUUAGUCUCAGAGGGAACUCGGACGAUGAGUCUACUGGGAAGGAGAAAGAUCAGGGUGGGGACGACGAGAAGAAGGAUGAGAAAGAGGGGAAGAAGAGUAAGAAGAAGAAAAAGUCGAAAGCGGAGAAGGAUGAAGAGUUUCUUGUGAACUACAUCCUUAACCGCGGUUGGAUCGACAAAGACGCAAAACGUGUGCCGACUUACAAAGAGGUCACGGAAUCCCAGAAAAAGAAAAAGGGCAAAGCCAAGGAGCCCUCGCUCGAACCCUCCGCUGCCGGUGCCUCAGACGAAGGCAGCGGCAACGAAGAAGAAGAUGAAGACGCCCUCCUCUCCGACGCCUCCUUCGAAUCCCUCGCCUCCCAUUUCGAAUCAUCCUACAACCACAGAUUCGAAGAACCUGGUGCAGCCACUAUCCAAACUUUCCCCCGUAACAUCGCCUCCGUCGUCCGCCGUACCGACUCCACGCGAAAGGAAGCGCGCGAGCGUAGGAAGGCGAGGAAGGAGGAGGAGUUGGCGAAGAAGAAGGAGGAGGUGAGGCGCUUAAAGGCGCUUAGGAUGAAGGAGAUUAAGAGGAAGUUGGAGAAGAUUGGGAAGGUUGGUGGGUUGCUCAAGGGGAAGAAGAGGAGCGGUGAUGGGGAGGAGAGUGGAGAUGAGAUUCAUGAGGCGCUUAAGGAGUUGGAUUUGGAGGGUGAGUGGGAUCCGACGAAGCAUGAUCAGCAGAUGGAGGGGCUGUUUGCGAAUGUGGAGGAGGGGGAUGAGGGAGAGGAUGAGGAUGUUCAGUAUGAUGCGGAUGGCAAGCCUAUAUGGAAGGAUGACAUUGAUAUUGGGGAUAUCCCUAUGUCGGAUGACGAUGCUGUCCCUGUCGCCUCCUCAUCGAAGAAGGACAAGAAGAAAAAGAAGAAGAAAAAGAAGGAUGGGGAGGACGAGCAGGAUGUGGGUGUGGACAUUGACGAGAUGGACGCUGAUAAAGUGCCCGAGUAUGAUGAUGAUGAGGAAUGGGACGGUACGGAGGAGAUGAGGAAACGGAAGUGGAAGGAGUAUAUGAAUGAGCUGUAUGAGCUCGAUUUUAAUGACAUGGUCGGAGGCAUGCCAACUCGCUUCAAAUACGUCCCCGUCCCCGCACAAACCUACUCUCUCGACCCCGUGGAGAUCCUCCUCGCCGACGACGCCGACCUCAACGAGUACAUGUCCCUCAAAAAAUACGCGCCCUACCGUAAAGACGGGAAAGUUGACCGCAGUCGAUGGGAUCCCAAACAACAAGAAAAGCUGCGCGAGUUUAGGAGGAAGAUUAGGGAGAGGGAGAAGCAGUGGGGUAUUGGUGGGAGUGGCGGUAGUGGUGGGUUUGGAGGAGACGGGGAGGAUGGUGGGCCGCAGCCUAAGAAGAAGAGGAAGGGGAAGAAGGAGAGGAUGAAGUUGAAGGCAGCGGCUGGGGAGGGUGGAGGUGAGGAGGUGAAGGGUGAAGAAGGCGCCAAUGCUGCUGAGGUGAAGGAGGAGAAACCGGCUCCUGUGGAGGAGGGUAGUAAGAAGAAGAAGCGGAAGAGGGAGGAGAAGGAGAAGGAAGCUGAGGCGCAGAGUGGAGGCGAGGAUAAGGAUGGCGGUGAGACUCAAGAUGGUGCACCUAAAAAGAAGAAACGAAGACGGCGCCAUGGGAAGAAGGGUGGUGCAGAGGAUGAGUUGUAG